AUGUCUCCGAGAAAGAUCCUUUUGCUUUUCCUGCUUAUGGUGGCGCUCACCACAGCCGCUCUUGCCGAUCAUGGCCCUCCGCAUAAGCCUCCCCAUAAGCCGCCGCAUAAGCCGCCUGCAAUGGAGGAAAGCACCACCCUUGAUGAAACCCUUACCACCUUGGAUGGUGGCAAGAAGAAACCGCCACCCAAAAAGAAACCUCCAAUGGAAGAAACCGCCACCCUUGAUGAGGAAACCCUGACCACCUUGGACGGUGGCAAGCCUCCCAAGAAGAAGCCUCCGCCGAUAAAGCCACCACCAAAGCACAAGCCUCCAACGGGUGUUGAGGACGCCCACAAGCCACCUGGUGGUGGUGGCCACAAGCCACCUGGUGGUGGUGGCCAUAGGCCACCACCUUUGAACUAA